AUCUUAAACUCACAUAUACCAUAGAGCAUGUAUAAAUAGGCAUAGCCGCAUAUACAGGAAUUACCCUCACUACACGAAAUAAAAAAUAAUCAAGGUGAAUAGUUUAUAUAUCUUAGAACAGUUUAUCAAUAUCAUGCCUAGAUCAACGGAUCCUCUUGUUAUUGGACAUAUAAUAGGAGAUAUUGUUGACCCCUUUGCGAGUUCUGUGCCUCUAAGGGUUGUGUAUAACAAUAACAAUGAAGUUAUAAACUGUUGUGAGCUCAGGCCCUCUCAAAUCGUCAAUCAACCAAGAGUUGAAGUUGGUGGAAAUGACCUAAGGAACUUGUACACUCUGGUCAUGGUGGAUCCUGAUGCACCUAGCCCAGGUAAUCCUAAUGAGAGGGAAUAUUUGCACUGGUUGGUAACCAAUAUUCCAGCAACUACAGGAGCAACCUUCGGAGAAGAGAUUGUCCCCUAUGAAAAUCCACGACCAAGAGCAGGGAUCCAUCGCAUUGUUUUUGUGCUUUUUCGUCAGUUUAGUAGACAAGCUGUGCAUGCUCCAGGGUGGCGCCAAAACUUCAACACUAGAGAUUUUGCUGAGAUUUAUAAUCUUGGAUUCCCUGUUGCAGCAAUCUAUUUCAACUGCAAACGAGGAAACGACACUGAUGGAAAUGCAAGGAGGAGAUAAUAUGAA